GAAGACGAUGUACCCUUCGAGGCUUGGUACGGCUUAAUCCAGGACAAGCUCGAAAUUAACGCUAAUUACUACCCAACCGACCGCGAUAAGUUUCUAUACGUUAAGAGUCGUUUGGCCGGCUAUACCUAUCGCAACUUAAUACCUUACUUACGCGAAACCCACCCGGAACAAAUCAAGACCUACUCUAGCUUAAUAACUCACUUGUGGCGUUAG